GAAUCUUUUGAUGAUGCAUCACCAGGAAAACAAAAAGAAAUCCAGGAAGCAGAUCCUACGUAUGAAGAGAAAAUGCAAACAGACAGAGCAAACAGAUUUGAGUAUCUGUUGAAGCAGACUGAGCUGUUUGCUCAUUUCAUUCAACCUGCUGCUCAGAAAACUCCAACUUCACCUUUGAAAAUGAAGCCUGGACGUCCACGAAUAAAGAAGGAUGAGAAACAGAAUUUACUGUCAGUUGGCGACUACCGCCAUCGUAGAACAGAGCAGGAAGAAGACGAGGAGCUGUUAACAGAAAGCUCCAAGACAACUAAUGUCUGCACUCGAUUUGAAGAAUCUCCAUCAUAUGUUAAAUGGGGAAAGCUGCGUGAUUAUCAGGUCCGAGGACUGAACUGGCUCAUCUCUUUGUAUGAAAAUGGCAUCAAUGGUAUCCUGGCAGAUGAGAUGGGUCUUGGGAAGACACUGCAAACAAUUUCUCUUCUUGGGUAUAUGAAACACUACAGAAAUAUUCCUGGUCCUCACAUGGUGUUAGUUCCGAAGUCCACUCUACAUAACUGGAUGAAUGAAUUCAAGAGAUGGGUACCUACACUUCGAGCGGUUUGUUUGAUAGGUGACAAAGACCAGCGAGCUGCCUUUGUCAGAGAUGUAUUGUUGCCCGGAGAAUGGGAUGUCUGCGUAACAUCAUACGAAAUGCUUAUCAAAGAGAAAUCAGUAUUCAAAAAGUUUAACUGGAGAUACCUAGUUAUAGAUGAAGCUCACAGGAUUAAAAAUGAAAAAUCAAAGUUAUCAGAAAUUGUGAGGGAAUUCAAGACUACAAACCGGCUGCUGUUAACUGGAACUCCGCUUCAGAACAAUUUACAUGAACUCUGGGCACUUCUUAACUUCCUUUUACCAGACGUCUUUAACUCAUCUGAAGACUUCGAUUCGUGGUUUGAUACAAACAACUGUCUAGGGGAUCAAAAGCUGGUGGAACGUCUCCACAUGGUGCUACGACCAUUCCUUCUACGUCGCAUUAAGGCUGAUGUAGAGAAAAGCUUACCUCCAAAGAAGGAAGUUAAAAUUUACGUGGGUCUCAGCAAAAUGCAACGAGAAUGGUAUACACGAAUCUUGAUGAAGGAUAUAGAUAUACUGAAUUCAGCUGGCAAGCUGGACAAAAUGAGGCUUUUGAACAUCCUCAUGCAGCUGCGAAAAUGUUGCAAUCAUCCGUAUCUCUUUGAUGGAGCAGAACCUGGGCCACCUUACACAACAGAUAUGCAUUUGGUCACCAACAGUGGCAAAAUGGUCGUAUUGGACAAAUUGCUGCCUAAAUUGAAAGAACAAGGGUCAAGAGUCUUAAUCUUCAGUCAGAUGACCAGAGUCCUAGAUAUCUUGGAAGAUUACUGUAUGUGGCGAAAUUAUGAAUAUUGUAGACUGGAUGGACAAACACCACAUGAUGAGAGACAGGCAUCUAUUAAUGCAUAUAAUGAACUUGGUAGCUCAAAAUUUGUGUUCAUGUUGAGUACACGGGCAGGAGGUCUUGGAAUCAAUUUGGCUACUGCUGAUGUUGUAAUUCUGUACGAUUCGGACUGGAACCCACAAGUAGAUCUUCAAGCUAUGGAUCGAGCGCACAGAAUUGGCCAAACAAAGACUGUUCGAGUGUUCAGGUUUAUCACAGACAAUACGGUGGAAGAAAGAAUAGUGGAACGUGCGGAAAUGAAACUCCGGCUAGAUUCCAUAGUCAUUCAGCAAGGAAGACUGGUGGAUCAAAACCUGAAUAAACUUGGGAAGGACGAAAUGCUGCAGAUGAUCAGACAUGGAGCGACACAUGUGUUUGCCUCAAAGGACAGUGAGAUUACAGAUGAAGAUAUCGAUCAUAUUUUGGAAAGAGGUGCAAAGAAGGUGAGAGAAAGUUUAAAAAAAAAACAAAAUCACAAACAGAAGCCCACUUGUAGACUUAAAUUUAAUGGCAAGAUAGUACAUCCCUAG